UUCUCCGCUCGGUGGUUGUGACUGGUGCGCUUACAAAGCGAGCGCGCGCUGGUGAACGGCGGCGGCUGGCGUCGCUAUGACGCAUACUUUUCGGUCGCCAUUCGCGGAACACGUCGAGCAGUAUCGCGUCGGAGCGCGUCCCCGCGACCUGCCAAUCGGUGUCCUCGCCAAGACGUCGUAAGGCGCCAGACGAAGAUGACGGGACUCUCGGUGGUUGCGUUCUAAAAACGAGGACAAUCGACGACGCAGCCUGCGUGUGUGCGUGUGCACGCGUGCGCGUGUGUUUACGGUCCUACGUGACGUGUGUUCGAGACCAACCACCGUGCGAGGAAGCACCCUGCGUCUUCCCGCUGCUUCGUGGACACUCGCGCAGCUUCCUUCGCGACGAAUUCGAAAUCAGCAGGCGCACGCCUGGACCCGCGCCUGUAAACCGCUCGUCCUGCUCGGCGAGCGAGCAACAUCUGGAAAGUGCGCUCGAACGUUCCACGAUCGGCUUUUCCCCGGGAAUCUGGGCCUGCUCCGAGAGGGAUCCUUCUUCGGCACACGCGAAGCGGACCUGCGCUAUUCGGUGAUACGCCGCGCGCCCAGGAUCAUCCUUCGUGUACUUAAUUCGGAUGUGGACGAGAGAGACGUUCUUCCUUAUCGCGAUCCCGACUUCCACGGAAGCGCCUUUGAAGAGGCAUUGGAGAUAUGAACGCGUUGUGUAUCGCUUAUUUGCGACGAAUGUGUAAACGUUGAAAAUGUUACACAAGACUAUCACGGCUUUCGCUCUGAUUUUCACCGUUGUGUCCGCCUACGAGCAUACCACUGUGGACCAGUGUGACUGGUCCGGAAGUGGAGGAGGAGAAAAUGGUGGUGUCCGACCGGUGUACCUGCGCUGUGCCCGAGGAACGGUGUCGUGGCGUUAUCCUCGUGGAGCUCUGAGAAUAGUCCUCUCCUUCCCGGUCUCGUCCUCGGAGAACUCUAUCCCUGGCCAUCCUGGUUUCCGUGCUUGCGUCAAGAUCUCCGGGCCAGUACGAGUGUUCCUGGAAGGCAAUGGCAAAUUGAGACCACUGUAUUCUCCAACUGAUGGCAAGCACGAAUUGUCUCAUCGCUGCUUCCGCUCGCGAAAGCACAUGGCUGCGCUCUAUAUGGAAGCGGAGGAUGAUUUUUCCUACAGGAGAGCAAAAGUUCGGCUGCAGUAUGAUUUGGAGCCGAAUUCGUUGAAAGGAGGAGCGCUGCAUCUGCCGGACGAGGAGGAAGAGUGCAGACCUUGUUCCAUGGAGGAACUCGCCAGGGCUUAUUGCCAGAGUGACUUAGUCGCUAGGGGGACCGUCAGCGCGGUUCAACAGCAGCUCGAUCUGGAGGCUGCGGAACUGGUGCUCAGAGUCACUAAAAUUCUACGCCAAGUAGUGCAGGAGACCGAGGGCGAGACGGUGUUGACGAAGAGAAACGUACGAGUGCGGGUCCCGACGGCGUGCGACGCGCGGCACGGCCUCGGUGAAUUCGUGAUAAUGGCGAAGCGACGCCUCGGCGAUCUGAUUUUGGUGUGCGCGCCUCGACUGGAGGCGUGGGCGCAGGCAGUACGGGAGAUGGACACCGCGCCCUGCGUCCUCAACAGCUAGCGGACGUGAUUUUUAAGGUGAUCGCGCAUUGGAAAGCUGCACGACGAGCCACUGCACGCUGAACUGCUGGACAACAAGUACGGCUGCGAUGUUGCGCCAGCGGAGCCGGGGAAUGCACGAAAACCAUUGGCUGGCAAUACUGCGGCGCGACGAACUGCCGAUUCUUUUAUACGAGGAUACACAUCAUCGUGCACACAGGGAACAUCAUUCUUCGUGUACAUAGCGCGCACUGUCCGUCGGACUGUCGAUCUCCAAACUGUGAUAUUAUUGUUGCAUUAAGAGGAACGUGGAAGAGCGCGCGCGCGAGCAGCUGAAAAUUGCUGCUCCAAUACUCGCUCUAGAGAACAAAGACCACAAUAUAUAAAGAAUAUCUCGCGGACGUCGCGCACUUUCCCUCAGCGGACUUGCCCUCGCUCAUCCUUCCUUAUUCGUAGCUCGGUCACCUUCACACGUCGCGAUCGAGUUCAGAGAAUCAAUUGAAAAGGAAUAACGAUAAGUGUCGCGAAGAGAAUCCGAAACCUUUUUCAUCGUCACUUCUUCUCAUCUUCACCCGUUGCUGAGAGAAAGCGCGCGGUGAUCAGGACACCCUAUGUACAUCGAAGUUUCAUGUACACGAGUACAUACGACUCGCUGCGGAGUUGAAUAUAUUUUGUUUUAUAUUGGUUACAGUUAUAUAACAAUUGUACAGAUUUAAUAAAUCGUAAGCGUUUUUUAUAAGUCCCGAUGCCAAUCGGGAUAAACUGUUCUUGUCAGUAUAGCAGAUGAUAUGUGCGAUAUUAAUAAAGAAGUUGGAAAACAAGGAAUUCGUACUUCUCUAUCACUAUUACACGUAUCACGUAUAAAGAAAAUAAUCUCCCGAUAUCAAGCCCGAUAUUUUGAUGAGCUGUAGUAUCAGCCGAAUAUCGGUAGAUAUUGAGAUCUACAAAUCGCGAUUUCUUAUCGUACAACAAUUUCAACAUACGGAGUUCCUCGAUCCGUCCGAGAAAAAAUUCCGACUGGCAAUUUACAAUAAUUUAUUUCUGCAAAAACCGUUACAAUAUACAGCUUUGUAUUUUAACUCUAGAACCACAACGUGAGAUCGACGAUGGUCCAAAUCUUGAACGUAAAACAUCGUCUGAAAAAUUCUUUACAAAAUAUAUUUUCUUUAUUGCAUAAUAAGCUUUAUAUAUAUUAUAUAAUGUCGUUGAACUCAUGAAUCGGCCUUUUCAACGUAAUAUCUCUUACGCUUGUACAAUAAAAAGUCCCCCCCUCCGCCCCUUACGUUUAAGAAUAUUGUGGCUUUUAUCUAACAAAAUCACGUUGUGACUCUAGGAUUGACUUCUAUAUUAGAAUCUCCCUGAGACACGCAAAUACACAACGUUCACACAUAUAUCUUUUUAUAGUAUCAAACAAAAUGACACAGCCCAUAGAUCAAGCAGCCGACUAGUAAGUACGUGCAAAUCGUAUACUCGUUCUCACACGUACGAUCAUACAUAUCCGUGAACGUUUUUAUGCUUUCUUUCGUGUAGAAGUCUACAUCGGUCGUAACAUCAUUCAUUAGGAAAGAAACGUCGUCUACAAAUCGUUAUCAAUCCUCUAUCAAUCAGAUGUUUUUAAUAUUCCAUUAGAAACAUCUAAUUGGCUGCAAAGUCAAGCGAACGUUGUAAAUCAAGUCCGUGUCUACAAUAGAUGUAGUCAACUUUUAAGCUUUUUUUAGCUCUCUAAGCAAUAAAAUAACGCUUAAAUCUUAAAUCUUUGGAAUAGCGCCGGAAACACUUUUUAUUAGAAAUUACGUUACAAUUUAAUCCUCUGAGCAAAAGCCUGAAAGCUUAUUACAUCUAUUACACCUAUUGUAAAUCCGGAUUAAAAGUCCAAAUUACAUACAGAGUUUUACGACGGGUCUGACGGCGACGGCGUUCGAGAAUCGUCGCGACGAACGUUACGAUCGCAUUCACGAACGAUAUCACGAUAGAUGUAGGACUUGAUAUCAUUGAACGAUCAAGAAGCUCACUCGGCGGCCGAUCGAUCAGAGAUGGGGAGUCAAUCUUUCUGCUAUGACAUCCGUUAGAAAGCCAUCCGUAACACAGUCUAUGGAGAUAAAAAUUUACAUAUUUACGUAUCGUACAAAAUUUACGUAUCAUUUAAUCGUUGUAGUCCGCGCGUGGUUAACGUAACACGGCUCCGUAUUCUCAUAUUAUAACGGUUCGUUCGCGCAAAAUCGAUAUCUUAGCUCGCGCUUGCUCGAAACUUUAGUUCCACGCGCUGUUGCAUUUUAUCUUCCCAGAUAAAUCGCACCAACGCCGUAUACAUCACACAUUUCUCCCUCGCGCAUUUCGUCGAGCUACAAUUGCAACGUUUGCUCAUUCGAUCGUUGCUGAUUACAAAAUCAAAUGCUAAAGCGUGAAAAGAGGGCUCUCUACCGCUUCGUGGCUGUUUUUAUUUCGUUUCAUACACAUGAUUCUCAACUACUUGAUGGUUUCGUCGAUCUGACCUGGCUAAAUUUGCCGAUUGUUUGAUUUCAUUGCAAUUCAUUCAAUGACACCCACCCAAUGAUACCCGUGUGUUAACAAUAAAUUAGCAAAAUACACCCUCAUCAGCUGCCGCGUAAUCAAAUGUUUAAUUGAACACGCUCACACAAACGUCGACGCGUAUCUCUUCUCCCUCUGGAAUGACGCGACGGCUGGCACGGGAUCGAUUUCCUAAUAUUUACAAUUGUACAGUUAAACAAUCUGCAGCAAGUUUUGCACUUAACGUUGAUUAAAUCGCUUUACUCCUCUAUCUUUAUCUCUCUCCCCUCGUUCGCUAUAUUUUCUCUUAUAAUAUUCUAAUAAAAACAAUGCUUCACUCGCGUGGCGAGUUUAAUCUCCCCUCCCCCUUCCUCUCUCUUUUUCUCUCUCUUGUUAAUUUUUAUAAAAUGUAAAAAUAAUAUCCGUAAUGUAACUUAUAACGGACGAUAUCACAAUCUUUUUUUUCUUUCUUUCGCGCUCUUUCUCUCUUUCUCUGUCUCUUUCUAUGUUAUACACUCGCGUAAUACGUAACAGGUUGAACGCACUCGGCGGUGUGUAAACAACAUAAUAACGAUAACAUUAAAAAAUCAUAUGUAAAAACAAUUAAAGUUACGUCAUUCUCAUCCACGAGAAGUUCGAAAGUCUCCUCAUUUUCGUUUUCUCUCUCGCAGGCAUUUCUUACGAAAAUUUCGGUAAAUCGUAGUACAUAGGAAAGAAAAACUUCUCCAUUUCUUUCUCUCUCUCUCUCUCUCAACACACACACGAUCGUAUAAAAAUCGUGAUCACAGAAAAGAAUCACAUAAGAAAAAAAAAAAA